AUUUUUUCCUCUCUAUCUCUCUCACCAAACGAAUCUUUUGCCCCAUUCUCAAACACCCACUACCCAAAUUCUCCCUUCUUUUAGAAAUGCAACCCAUAAAAAAAAAAAAAAAAUCCUUUCUUUUCAAAUAGUGCAAAAUAAUUGAGAGAGAUUCAUAUAGAGCAUAAUACUAUAAUACAAUAUAAUAUGAGAAGUAUAGUUAGAAUGAGAGUUCGAUUUUUUCACUCCACUCUCUUCAACAACCCAAAUAUAUUUCCUAUCCUCUCUAUUUUUUCUUUGGUCUUUUGAGAGUUUUUUGUUCAAGUUUUUGAGAAUAUUUCAGAAUCUUCUCCCUAUUCACUUUCUUCUAAAAAGCACUUUCUCUAUCGCUCUACUGAUCCCAAUCUAAUCAUAUUUUCCUCCAUUACCAAAUACCAAAAAGGAUUUUUAAAACUAAAUUCAUGUCUUCAUUUCCCUUAAAAGUGCCUUUAAUUUGUUUCAUUUUCUUAUGCAUCGCUACAAAUCUUCAUUCCUCUUCAGCCGGUUUUCUUAUCGAGCCAGUUUCCGGUCAAAGCCAACCGUUAAAUCCCGGCCAGUACUCAUCUCCCAACACGGUUCCGGCAUUUCCAGUUCAAACCCAGAUGCAAAUUUGCCAUUUGGAUCUCUCCGACGAGCUUUUCGGUGGCGUUAGGGAAGCUUGCGGUCGAGAUUUGGACCGGAGUCGCUGCUGUCCGGUUCUCGCGGCGUGGCUUUUCGCUGCUCACGCUCGGGCCGCACUGAAGAUUGCUGCUCCGGCGCCGGCAUCUGCGGCGGACCUUCCGAUGAUGCCGGACGACUCGCAGAAAUGCGUGAACUCGCUUCAGACGUCGUUGUUGAGUCGGAACAUUAGGAUUCCGCAGCCGAAUGCGAGCUGCGACGCUGUUUUGUGCUUUUGUGGGAUUCGGCUUCAUCAAAUUAGCUCCUUAUCUUGCCCUGCUGCCUUCAAUGUCUCUGGUGGCGGUAACGGCGCUUAUCGCAACGCCACCCCGACGGCCGCCGUUCGUAAUCUUGAAAAGAAUUGCCGGAACUCGUCGUAUUCUGGUUGUACCAAAUGCCUUGGUGCCCUUCAAAAGGUUACGGGCACAAAGAAGAACAGUAGCAACGAUAGGGCCAGCAAGAUGUUCAACAGAGACUGCCAGCUCAUGGGGUUGACGUGGUUACUCGCUCGCAACAAAACCACGUACAUUCCCACCGUUUCCGCCGUACUCCGAGCCAUCAUGUACACCGCUCACCCUCCUCACCAGUCUACCUGUAGUCCCGACCAAGAGAACAUGCCGCUAGCCGUCGACUCUUUACAGAUGGAAAAAGCGCAGUCCUCAUCUCCACCCUCCAUUUCUUUGUUUCCUAUUAUACCCCUACUCAUUUCAGUUUAUUGGCUUGCUUGGUGGUAGUAGUAGUCGUCGUCUAGUAGAGUCUAAUGGCAUGGCAAUGGGCAGCAGUAGGGAAUUAUGGGGGUUUUGGAAUCCGUUUGUUUUUUUUUUUGUUUGACAAGGAGAGAGGGUACCCUUGUCGGGGUCACGAGAAGCUAUUAGACAGAAACGAAUAGGAAUGGGUUGAUUGGAGGAGGGGCUUUUUUUUUUUUUUGUCUUUUCACUACACUGUAAAUGUUAAAUCUGGGUAGUUUUUCUCUCUUUUUCUUUCUUUUUCUUUCUUUUUCUCUCUUUUUCUCUCUUUUCCUCUUUCAUCCCUUUCACUUUCACUUUGUGACAAAAUUUUCCUUGGGGCUUUCAAUUUAAUCAGAAACUAAAACUUCCUGCA